AUGUAGCGGCGGCCCCUUUAAACGGUGACGUCACAACCUCGGCUUAGUUCACUGCUUUGUUUUGUCCGAGACGCCCGAGCCAGAUCAAAACCAGAACCAGAACUAGAACUAGAACCAGAACUAGAACCAGCACUAGACCAGAACCAGGACCAGGACUAGACCAGGACCAGACCAGACCAGGACCAGGACCAGACAUGCCCUCCGACAGGCCCUUCAAGCAGCGCAGGACCUUCGCUGACCGGUGCAAGGAGGUGCAGCAGAUCCGGGAGCAGCACCCCAACAAGAUCCCCGUGAUCAUUGAGAGGUACAAGGGGGAGAAGCAGCUGCCGGUUCUGGACAAAACCAAGUUCCUGGUUCCGGAUCACGUCAACAUGAGUGAGCUGGUCAAGAUCAUCAGGCGGCGGCUGCAGCUCACCCCCACCCAGGCGUUCUUCCUGCUGGUGAACCAGCACAGUCUGGUCUCCGUCUCCAGCUCCAUCUCCCAGAUCUACGAGCAGGAGAGAGACGAGGACGGCUUCCUGUACAUGGUGUAUGCCUCGCAGGAGACCUUCGGGUGCUGAGGGG